AUGCGCACAACAACCCUAAUCUUAGGUCUUGUCCUGGUCCUGUCUCCGCUUCUCGUCUCAGCUGUUGGAACUUUGGGAUUCGCAUUGGGAGACAAAAAAGCAGAUGGAUCAUGCAAGUUCCAGGCCGACUACGAAGCCGACUUCGAUGCCAUCAAGGCCAACUCUGGCAGCACCAUCGUACGAAUCUAUGCUGCCAGCGACUGCAACACAGCUCAGCAGAUCCUUCCCGCUGCACAGUCCAAAGGUCUCAUGGUCAUCCUUGGUGUCUGGCCUGACGUGGAUUCGAGUCUCCAAGCAGACAAGCAGGCCCUGCAGACAUAUGUCCCUCAAUACCGCAAUCAAGUCUACGGCGUGACGGUCGGUUCAGAGACACUUCAUCGCAAGACCUUCGACGGCUCUCAAUUGUUAGAGAAGAUCAACGACGUCAAGUCAGUGUUGCCUCAGGGCAUCAAGGUCGGCACGGCAGACAGCUGGAACAAAUUCGCUGAUGGCACAGCCGAUGCUGUCAUCAAGGGAGGAGUCGACUUCUUGCUGGCUAAUGGCUUUGCAUAUUGGCAAGGAUCGCCCAUCUCCAAUGCCACUUACACUUUCUUCGACGACGUCCAACAAGCUCUUGGCCAUAUCCAGGGUGUCUCAGGCUCUCUGAACGCGAUUGAGUUCUGGGUUGGAGAAACUGGUUGGCCUUCUGAUGGAGGAUCCAACUACGGCGCCGCCAUUGCGGGCACGAAGAACGCACAAACAUACUUUGACGAUGCCAUCUGCGGAAUGAUCUCAUGGGGUGUCAACGUCUUUGUUUUCGAGGCAUUUGAUGAGCCCUGGAAGCCUCAAUCUAUCGGUGAUAGCGGAGCUGCUGAAGAUGAGACUCACUGGGGCGCCAUGAAUGUCGACCGCAGCACAAAAUACCCGCUGACCUGCUAG